AUGGCAGGCCCACCGCUUCAACCGACCUGGGAGGGUUACAUCGGGUCGACGUCGGACGCGCUGGUCCUGUACGAGAGCAGCUUCCAGGGUCGCGUCAGCCAUGUGCCUCGUCGUCCCCACGACCGCGAGAGGCAGGACAUCAUCCGCAGUGGCAGCGUCUUCAUCUACGAGGAGCACGCCUCGGGCAUCAAACGGUGGACCGACGGCAUCUCGUGGAGCCCGAGCCGGAUCCUCGGCAACUUCCUCAUCUACCGCGAGCUCGAGAAGCCGUUCCCGCCCGGCGAGAAGAAGCGGGCGCUGAAGAAGAAGAAGAGCCCGUCGGGCGGCGUGGCCAAGAACGAUCGGUCGACGCGCGGCAGCGUCUCCGACUACCCCGUCGGCGGCAGCUUCGACGCCGGCAGCCGCGACGCCGAGAGGGCCCUCGUCGGCUCCCUCGUCGACUCGUACCCCUUCAAGCAGGAUGGCCUCGUCAAGAAGACCAUCAGCAUCCUCUUCCGCGGCGUCGCCCACCACCUCGUGAGCUACUACAACGUCGAGGACGUGGCCCGGGGCCGCCUGCGGACGCCGACCAAGGAUCCCGCCAUGAUCGGCAUCGUGCCCCGGCUCGAGCUCCUCUCGGAGCAGCACUUCCGCUCGCCCAUCGACGAGGUCGAGUACAGCCAGGACGGCAACCCCAACUUCCUCGCCAUGCAGGGCCUCUCCGUCUCGUCCGACUUCCCCAGCAACGGCGGCAGCGUCCUGCACCGCAUGUGGACCAACUCGACGGCCCACGCCGCCGGCCUCCAGUCCUCGCCCCAGGCCUACGCGCCCCCCCUCCAGUCGGGCUACCCCUACCAACACGGCCAGCCUCACGCGUACGACGAGUCGGUCAACCAGGUCAUCUCGACCGGCAUGCCGCCGCCGCCGCCCAUGGCCGGCCCUCAUCACCUCCCCUCGUCGAUGACGCCGCCGGCCCAGCUGUCGCUGCCGCCGCCCGACUCGUCGUCGAUGACGACGUACGCGACGACGCCUCAAGGCCAGGGCAACUACACGCUGGACCCGAGCCGGCCGAACCGCUACGGCGCGAGCGCCAGCAUCUCGCACGAGUUCCCCCGCCACAUGCCCGCCCACGGCUCGCCGCGCCGCCACUCGACCUUUGAGCCGGGCGCCCCUCCCUCGUCGGACAUGUCGGCGCCCAUGACGCUCGGUCCCAUCGCCGAGUCGAGGACGGGCGCCGCCGGCGGGACCGGCUACCUCUCGCAGCAAUCCCAUUACUUCCUGCCCCAGCGGUCCGCCGCCCCCUUGGCCGGCCAGGACGGCCACAUCUUCCCCGAGCCUCGCUCGAGCAAGGGAACCGACGAGGCUGCCGGCGGCGAGACGGCACCGCAGGAGUACGCCCUCGACGACGGGUCCGAGUCUUGGACCUUUGAGCCCGUCGACGGCACCCAGGACCAGCAGUACUUUGGGGAGCAGUCCAACGGCGCCGCGGGACCGUGGAACGGCAAGUGGAACGGCAAGUGGAACGGCAGCUCGAGCGGCAUGAGCCGCUAA